CGAAAAAGUAAAGUCCCCGUCGUUUCCUUAUCUCACCAAUUAACGCUUUCAAACAGCAUAGACAACAAAAGCUUUGAGUUUUUUUAUUAUUAGUUUUCAUUUCAAUUUUAUAGUUUGUUGAAAUGGUUUAAGGCUUUAAGGAGAGAUUCAAAAUCCUACUCUCCGGGGAAAAGAGAGAGAUAGGCAUACUCUUCAAUGGGUCUUUGCACCUCCAAACCCUCCCCAAACCCUUCUGAUUCUACAAAUGCCUCUAUCAAUACCUGGAAUAACGAUAUCCACCGCAAGCCUAACUCUGUUUCGGCUUCUCCUUUACCUGAUGGUGUAAACUCCAAGGAAGAUCAAGGUAAACAAGGAGAAGAAGAAAAAGAAAGCUCCAAUUCCAACAAUGAAGGCAAGAAAUCGCCGUUUUUCCCGUUUUAUAGUCCCAGUCCAGCUCAAUACUUGUUUUCCAAAAAGUCUCCGGCGAGAUCUUCAACCAAUUCCACUCCAAAACGGUUUUUCAGGAGGCCAUUCCCUCCGCCGUCUCCGGCGAAGCAUAUUAGGGCAGUGCUUGCGCGGAGGCACGGGUCUGUGAAGCCGAAUGAGGCCGCGAUCCCGGAAGGAAGCGAGGCAGAGGCAGCGGGAGCUACCGGUACCGGACUGGAUAAGAGCUUCGGCUUCUCGAAGCACUUCGGGAGCAAAUAUGAGCUCGGAGACGAAGUAGGAAGAGGCCAUUUCGGUUAUACUUGUACGGCGAAGUUUAAGAAAGGAGAGCUUAAAGGACAACAAGUUGCCGUUAAAGUUAUACCUAAAGCGAAGAUGACUACUGCAAUUGCCAUUGAGGAUGUUAGAAGGGAGGUAAAAAUAUUAAGAGCUCUAUCUGGACAUAGCAAUUUAGUACAAUUCUAUGAUGCCUACGAGGACUAUGAUAAUGUCUACAUAGUGAUGGAGUUAUGUGAAGGAGGGGAGCUCUUGGACAGAAUUCUUUCUAGGGGCGGAAAAUACACUGAGGAUGAUGCAAAAGCUGUGAUGAUUCAGAUACUUAACGUUGUUGCUUUUUGCCAUAUCCAGGGUGUUGUGCACCGGGAUCUUAAACCUGAGAAUUUCUUGUUUACAUCAAAGGAUGAAAAUUCACAAUUGAAGGCUAUAGACUUUGGCUUGUCUGAUUUUGUGAAACCGGAUGAAAGGCUUAAUGACAUUGUUGGUAGUGCAUACUAUGUAGCACCAGAAGUUCUACAUAGGUCUUACAGUACAGAAGCAGAUGUCUGGAGUAUAGGUGUGAUUGCUUAUAUUCUUUUGUGUGGUAGUCGUCCAUUUUGGGCUCGAACAGAGUCUGGGAUUUUUCGAGCUGUUCUAAAAGCUGAUCCAAGUUUUGAUGAAGCACCUUGGCCAUCUCUAUCUUCUGAGGCUAGGGAUUUUGUGAAGCGUUUACUGAAUAAGGACCCAAGGAAAAGAUUGACUGCAGCCCAAGCUUUGAGUCAUCCCUGGAUAAAAAAGUAUAACGAUGUAAAAGUGCCCUUGGAUAUACUGAUAUUCAAACUCAUGAAGGCUUAUCUGCGUUCUUCAUCUCUUCGGAAGGCUGCUUUAAGGGCCCUGUCUAAAACUUUGACUGUGGAUGAGCUGUUUUACUUGAAGGAGCAGUUUGCAUUAUUGGAACCAAAUAAAAAUGGCACUAUAAGCUUAGAAAAUAUCAAAGCGGCUCUGAUGAAAAAUGCAACAGAUGCUAUGAAGGAUGCUCGCAUCCCUGAGUUUCUUGCAUCGCUAAAUGCACUUCAAUACAGACGGAUGGACUUUGAUGAGUUCUGUGCGGCUGCAUUAACUGUUCAUCAGCUGGAGGCUCUUGAUCGGUGGGAACAACAUGCACGUUGUGCUUACGAAAUCUUUGAGAAGGAAGGAAACAGACCUAUUGUCAUUGAAGAGCUAGCUUCGGAGCUCGGACUGAGCCCAUCUGUGCCUGUUCAUGCUGUUCUUCAUGACUGGAUUAGGCACACUGAUGGGAAGCUAAGUUUUCUCGGAUUUGUCAAAUUAUUGCACGGUGUAUCUAGCCGAACCAUCGCAAAAGCUCAAUAGAAGCCGUAAAACUUCGUAAGAGCUCUACUGAGCUGGUAUGGCUAAUAAAAGGUUCAGGUUAGGUGUUUGUUAGGCUAUAACCUGAAUAUGAUAAAGAGGUAGAGUGAAUUUCGUCGUCGCAAUCAAUGCCCCUACCUCAACAUCUUCGAUUAUGGCUUAUUUCAUUUGUCUAGCACAAGCUUAUUGACACCCCCCCCCCCCCCCCCCACACACACACACAAUUGAAGCCAAUGAACCUCCUGCAAGUGCAACUUAACAUUGACCAAGCUUUAGUCAUUUUAUGUUUUCUUUUUCCCCACUGUAAAGUUAAAGAAUGUGUUAAAUAUAAAUAUAUAUAUAUAUAUAUAUAUAUCUAUCUAAACAGACUUGAUAAAUCUGCCCUAUUUCGUCAAGCCCCCGUGAGAUCAUUGAUUGCUGAUGUAUCAUCAUCUCCUGUGUUCUAUAACGGGUAAUCAAGUAUUCUUGUCCUUAAAAUUCUCUACGUCUCUUUAAGCCAAUCUUGAUUGUGUGCUUCCAUAGCUGUUCUUCUAUGGAUUUGAAUUUAAAUGAUUGCCUGA